AUGGCGGUGAGGGGCAGCACCGUGUUCAUCUGCUACGAGACGAAGGCGAAGAAGGAGCGGCCAGCAGCGGCGGCAGGAGGCGGGGAGGGGAAGAGGGAGCGGCCGCGGGCGGCGCAGGAGGGAGGGGCCCAGAAGCAGGAGGAGCCCGCCCGCAAGAAGGGCAAGAAGGGCGAGGGGCAGCCCGGCGGCCCGGAGGGCGGGGGCGGCGGGGCCCACGCCUCCCCGGCCGCGAAGGAGGGCAGGAGGCCGAAGGCGGCGCCCGCGGAGGAGUCGGCGGAGAAGCUGGAGAAGCGACGCGCGAAAGCCGCCGCCGAGGAGGAGGAGGCUCCCGAGGAGGCUCCCGAGGCGCCCCGGAGAGAGAAGAAGAAGAGGAAGGCCAGCGGCGGCGGCGAGCCGGGCCCCGCGUGA